CACUAACUUCCGGGCUUUUGCACAUGUGGAGAACGAUGUAUGAAUGUCACCAAGUUCAACAUUUUGUUUCCCAGCAGUUGAAUAUUCUUUCUGAUAUAAAGAUGGACUUGAGCACCAACUACCACCGCCAAGCUGCAAUUCAACUGGAAACCGAGGUUUCUUGCUGGUACAACUGGUUCUGUGAAGUCGUAAAAUCUCAACAAGAGUAUGUUAGAACACUUUCCAGGUGGAUCCAACUUACUGACAGUCUUGUCGAUGACCAUCGUAAGAGUCUUUACUCAUCUUCUGUUCGUCGCAUGUGUGAACAAUGGAAUCUUGCCUUUGAACGAUUACAACAUAAGGAGGCAGCAGAAGCCAUUAAGAGCCUUCAAUUAGCGAUCUGCUCAAUUCGCGUGCAGCAAGUAGAGGAGCACAAU